AUGACGUCGGCUGGCCUGCUGAUAUUCAGCACGCUGCUCACACGAACACUAUGCGUAAUUGCACCACAGAUACCAGAUUUCAAAACCGGUGACAAGAAGAUCAUCAACGGCCCGUUCUGGCACGAGGUUUUCACGGAGGUGUAUGAGGACCAGGAGGAAGAUGUUUCCACUACUACGACUGAACCUUUGCCUUUCUUCGAAGAUGAUGCUUCUACCAAUAACGUGACAGCUCAACUGGGCAGUCGUGUCCAUCUACAUUGUAGAGUCCAUGACUUGGGAGAAAAAACCAUAUCGUGGGUAAGACGGCGUGACGAAGAUCUCCAUCUUCUUUCUUUUGGACGCCACACCUAUUCAGCAGACUCGCGUUACUCUCUAGCCUUCGAGCAGCCCAAUGAUUGGCGCCUGCUCAUACAGUACGUGAGUGAAAGGGAUGAAGGAUAUUACGAAUGUCAGAUUUCUACGCAUCCACCACUGGUUCGACGGGUACUGCUUAGUGUAGUUGUGCCAAAAGUUGAGAUAGUGGACGAACGUGGUCGACCGCUCCAAGACAAGUUCUACAAGGAGGGUUCCAUCAUAGAGUUACGAUGCGUAGUCAGUGAGGUCCCACAGCCAGCUCGGCAGGUCAAUUGGAAGCAUGGUGGAAGACUACUCAACUAUGACACCAAGCGAGGUGGCGUCAGUGUCAAAACCGAGGCUUCUGCAAAUGGCGCACUUUCUAGGCUUUACAUAGCGAAUGCAAAUAGAAACGACUCUGGAAACUAUACGUGCUCACUGGCGGACGUUGCAGCGUCUGCUGUCUUUGUACAUGUGUUGAGAGGCGAAAAUCCUCUGGCGAUGCAACGGGGGGGAGCUUCAAUACUACACCCCACUCUGGUUUUAUUGAGUUACAUCAGCUGACAUAUAUUAAGCGCGUAAUGUACGCGCUACGUUGUGUAAAAAGUAACAUACGAGUAGCUAUAACCAUAUUAUUACGUAAGGACAAUUAAUAUGUUGGGAUAUCUUAGCAUU